AUGUCUAGCAGACACGUAUCUGAUAUACUGACUGAUCACGAAGCAAUUGCUGACGCGGUCUUUCGCGCAGUAAAAGGCUUAGACCGCUAUGACGCAGCACUUUUCGAUUCUGCAUUUGCGUCGGAAGAUGUGACACUCGAAGUGCCACACCGAAACAUGAAACUUAUUGGCCUAUCUGACAUACGCAAAAACAUGCUCGACUCACUUGGGCCGUUGGAUACAACGCACAUGAUUAGCAACAUUCGCGUUCAGGUUGAAAAUGGGGCUGAUGCUGCCUCACUUACGGCCUACGCCUUAGCACAACAUUGCCCAGCUGGGAAAGGCAGAGAUCCAGAGAGUCCUAAGUUCCUAGUUUGCGGAGAAUAUUCAAUUGAUCUUAAAUAUGAUGGAUUGGAUGGUUUGUGGAAGAUCAAGCGUUGGAUGCUGGAUGUUAUAUGGACCCAGGGCGACAUAUCUGUAACGCAGCCUUCUAGUUGA